AUGGCAGCUGAAGCGCCUGAGGCAAAGAAAGCCAAGACAGACGGCUCGGUGAAGUAUCCUGAGCAGGAUUUGUCCGAAGUUCUUGGCAAGCACAUCAUCUACACCUAUGAGAACGGCUGGCAGUACGAAAUUUACUUCAAGAGUGCCGAGAUGAUUCAUUACCGCAUUCACAGUGGACUUGUGGCAGGGCGUUGGGUGACAAAUCGCGAGGUUUGCAUGACUGCCCUGGGGAAGGGCAUCGUUCGCAUCAAUUGGCAGGAGCCGGUGGGCAACAUUGUGACCAUGGUUACAAAUCUCGCGGAUCGUUGGCUUCACUCCUACUUCUUGAUGCCCAAGUGGAUCACGGAGGAUCCCAUGGCCACCGUCUGCCACGAAGACGAGCAUGUCGAAGAGAUGCUCAAGCGCCGGGAGAAGGGACCAACGUGGCCGAUGCACAUCGCAGAGAACGCUUUUGCCACCAUCACGUUCCUGGAAGACGUUGGGACAGGACGAGACGACAUUAUUGAUUGCCCCCCGGACAAGCUUCCUGCCGGCUACGCUAGUCGCAAGAACUAA